UCUAUUCUAUUUUCUCUCUCUUCUCCUUGCCAAAAUAUAAAGUUUUUGUGACAUUUGUUUUUACAUCUAAUUUGAUCUUUAUUCUUUUUUAUUGAUAUUUGUUUUGUUUUUUAAAUUGAUUUUUUUCUUCAAUUGUGCCCCUUAUUGUUUGAUUUCAUUUAAUUCUUAUAUCAAAUUUGAUUUAUUAAGAAUUUAUCUUUGUUUUUUUUCCUUCACUUUCUUUUCUACGGGGUUAUCUCAAUUUAAUGCUCGUGAUCGUAAUGUUAGCGGAUUAACUUGAGUUGACUCAAAUCUUUUUUUUUUAUGUUUUUUUUUAUUUUUUUCUCCAGUUUUGAAUUGGGUUGUUUGGUAAUUAAUAUUUCAUAAUUUUAUUAUCCUUGUAUCAUGAUUAGGUUGCAAAUUUUACUUGAUGACUCGGAUGGGUUUAGGUCGGUUUUUUUCCCUCAUAAAUUUCAACAAUUUAAUUUGCUAGAUAUGACUUUCAAUUUUUUUUUAAUAUUUUUUAUGGUGUUAUCAUAUUUUUAUUUAUAGAUUUGAUAUGUUAAUUUAGAUGAGAUCGGAUCAAUUUUUUUUUUAUAUUAUUAAUUUUUUUUGUCACUUUAUUUAAUAUCGUUGCAUUUUAAUCCAAAUCUUGAAUAUUUUUUUUCUUUUUUAGAAAUACCUGGAUCAUCUCAAUAUUGUGGGUGUUUUUUUUUUUUUUUAAAUGUUGGGAAAAAAUUGUGACAGCCCGCGGCGUAGCUUAACUAGAAUAAACAGAGCCAGACAGCCUAUAAUUAAAUUACCGCGCAAAGGAAGGGCAGCCCUUUGAAAAACUUUCUGGCGCUCCAAACACUUCGUUUCUCUCCAGCCACAUUUUUUCCUUAUUUCCCUCCUUUAAACAGGACCAACACUAGCUCCAUUUUCUCCUCAAAUCCAUAGAGAGACAGAGAUACAAAACCAACAAAGAGAAAAAAACAACAAUUCAACGAAAAGAAUUGUUUCAAAUGGCCAAGAACAACAAUUCUUGUCAAUCUUUGAUCCCAAGCUUUCUUUACUCUUCUUCCGUUGGCUCCAGUUAUAAUGGAGGAGUGCCGCAGCUCCUGCAACAGUCUAAGCUUUCACGAUCAUCCAACAGUGGUGAUCAUGGAGUGCUGUCAAAGAACUUUGUUAUACCAGCACCUUCGGAGAAGAUAGAGAUGUUCUCACCAGCUUAUUAUUUGGCUUGUACUGCUGGUGGGAUUUUUAGCUGUGGACUCACUCACAUGACUGUCACUCCUCUUGAUCUUGUCAAGUGCAAUAUGCAGAUUGACCCAUCAAAGUACAAGAGCAUUACUUCAGGAUUUGGAGUAUUGCUCAAGGAGCAGGGAGUUAGAGGUUUCUUUAGAGGAUGGGUUCCUACCUUGCUUGGUUAUAGUGCGCAGGGUGCUUGCAAAUUUGGAUUCUAUGAGUUCUUUAAGAAGUACUACUCAGAUAUGGCUGGCCCUGAAUAUGCAGCCAAGUACAAGACCUUGAUUUAUCUUGCUGGUUCAGCAUCUGCUGAAGUAAUUGCUGAUGUUGCUCUCUGCCCUAUGGAGGCAGUGAAAGUUCGUGUCCAAACUCAGCCUGGUUUUGCUAGGGGCUUGGCAGAUGGCAUGCCAAAGUUUCUCAGAUCUGAAGGUUAUUCUGGGUUAUACAAAGGGCUUGUUCCUCUUUGGGGACGUCAGAUUCCAUAUACAAUGAUGAAAUUUGCGUCCUUUGAGACUAUUGUGGAGCAACUAUACAAGAAUGUCAUCCCAACACCAAAAGACCAGUGCAGCAAAAAUUUGCAGCUUGGAGUCAGCUUUGCUGGUGGAUACCUUGCUGGUAUACUCUGUGCUAUUGUCUCACACCCUGCUGACAACCUGGUGUCUUUCCUCAACAGUGCCAGGGGGGCGACUGCUGGUGAUGCUGUCAGGCAGCUAGGUUUAUGGGGUCUCUUUACCCGCGGCCUUCCUCUCCGAAUUGUCAUGAUAGGAACACUUACAGGAGCGCAAUGGGGUAUCUAUGAUGCAUUUAAAGUGUUUGUUGGCCUACCAACUACUGGGGGUGCUGCUCCUGCUCCAGCUGUUGCAAAGCCUUAAAUUUCGAGCUUACCGGUGAACAAGUAUAUCACCCUCCUAAGGGUUUCUUUUUGAUAGACAAAUAAUAGUUGGUAGCUGAUACCAUGCUCAUUGGCAGUAUUCUUUUAAAACAUGAUUUGUAUUUCGUUGUUCUAUCAUCGUUGAUUGAUUCUUAAGAGGAUGAUUUUCAUUUCAUCUUCUAUUCUGAUAUGUUCAUGUUAAUUAGUACAGUCUAACAAGCAACGUUGGAUCUCAGUUCCCACAAAGAGGAGAGUAUUAUGAUGUGAAAGUAACAUACCAGCUUCCAUGGUUU